GUCGUUACCACUGCACCUUGGCAGCAGAACAGAACAGAAACGCCGUUGCGUUUAAAGAAGGGGGGUCUUGUCUUAGCCUCUUCGCCCUCUUCGAUUCUAUCGUCCGUCGCGCUGAUCCGAUGGAUCGCACCUUCUUCCCCACUCCUCACUAAAAUCGUGUAUCUCCUCCGCAGCAGAUCGCUCCCCCUCUCUCUCUCUCUCUCUCUCGCCGAAAUCCGCCGUCUCUUUUCUUAUCCUCUCUCUCUCUCUCGUUGAAUCCGCCGUCUGCGGUGGUGCGGCGCGGGGAGGUGGUGGUCGGUCGGUCGCGUGCCAUGGCGGUCCCAGCGGCAGUCGUCGUCGUCCCCCUCAGCAUCCUCUUCUUCAUCUCCGGCCUCGUCGUCAAUCUCGUCCAGGCAGUGUGCUUUGUCCUUGUUAGGCCGCUGUCCAAGAAUACGUACAGAAGAAUAAACAGAGUGGUGGCCGAGCUGUUGUGGCUCGAGCUCAUAUGGCUAGUCGACUGGUGGGCGGGAGUUAAGAUCCAGGUAUUCACUGAUCGGGAAACCUUUCACUUAAUGGGCAAAGAACAUGCGCUUGUCAUAUCAAAUCACAGAAGUGAUAUUGAUUGGCUGGUUGGCUGGGUCUUGGCUCAGCGAUCAGGUUGCCUUGGCAGCACAUUAGCUGUGAUGAAGAAAUCAUCGAAGUUUCUUCCGGUACUAGGUUGGUCAAUGUGGUUUUCCGAGUAUCUUUUCCUGGAGAGGAGCUGGGCAAAGGAUGAAAGCACCUUAAAGUCAGGUCUGCUAAGGCUAAAGGAUUACCCUCUGCCCUUCUGGUUGGCUCUUUUUGUUGAAGGAACUCGCUUUACUCAGGCAAAGCUUUUGGCAGCUCAGGAGUAUGCAAAUUCAACAGGACUUCCUGUACCUCGAAACACAUUGAUUCCCCGUACCAAGGGUUUUGUUUCAGCAGUCAGUCACAUGCGUUCAUUUGUUCCAGCCAUUUAUGAUGUCACAGUGUCCAUUCCUAAAUCUUCCUCUGCACCUACAAUACUAAGACUUUUCAGGGGGCAGCCGUCGGUGAUCCAUGUGCAUCUCGAGAGGCAUUCGAUGAAGGAAUUGCCUGAAACAGACGAUGCAGUUGCACAGUGGUGCAGAGAUAGAUUUGUGGCUAAGGACGCAUUAUUGGACAAACAUAUAGCUGAGGACACAUUUAGUGACCGUGAGUUGCAGGAUACAGGCCGGCCAAUAAAGUCACUUCUGGUGGUCAUCUCUUGGACAUGUUUGGUUGGUGUUGGGGCUUGGCAGUUCCUUCGCCGGACCUCAUUCUUGUCAUCAUGGAAGGGAAUCGCAUUUUCCUUGAUCAGUCUGGCAAUUAUUACUGUUCUCAUGCACAUACUAGUCAAAUUCUCGCAGUCGGAGCGGUCCACACCUGCAAAGGUUGCACCAUCGAAGCCAAAGAUCGAUGGAGAGUCCUCCAACAGAGUAGAAAAGAAAGAGAAAUGAUGGACAGAUUCUCCUCUACUUUCAUUAGGUCGGGGGCUCUGUCAAUAGCCUUUGUUUAUUGCCGAUACGUGUAAUUUUGUUUCUUUGGGGUGUGUUAUUCAACCUUUUACCCCAUCUCUAUAGUCCUUACAUUUUGUAAAAUGCUUGCUUGUAUGGAUGCCGAUUUAUUGUUUACUCUGCUGUGUCUGGCCAAAAGUGGAAACCUGCAUACUGUCGUUUA